AUGGCAACGCCAGCAUCCAACUCGGACCCUACAAGUACCGCCCAACCGACUGAACCCCAGGAACCGUCACCUUCGCCGCCGCCCGCCGCGCCCGUCCCGCUGACCCCUGGCCCACGCGCCUCGCGACUACAACAAGUCUUCUCCCAGGCCCUGCUACAUACCAUCCGCACAAAUUCGUAUGCCAACUUCUCCGCCUGCUUUCCGACACCUGCAAAGCAAGUUCCGCGCAGCCUGGAGUCAGUAUGGAGACAGCUGAACGCGAAAUUGGAGGAGAGUGCGAGGGCGGAGUUUGACGAUAUCCUACACGAGAGACAGGUGGUUAGGGGAUUGAACGAGCUGGACAGGCUUGUGGGAGAGGCCAAGUUGCGCAGAGAGAAUGGUGAAGGAGCCGAUAGUGCGCCGGCGCAUACGUUGACUGCGAAAGAGCUGUAUCAGGCUCAUCUAGCACCUAUUCUUGAAAAGACACAGUCGUCUUUACACUCUCAGACGGAAGAAGUGCAGAAAAAAAACGCUGAGCUUGCAUCGAAGAUCGAGUCUCAGAGGCAGGAGAUCCAGCAGCUUCUGAGCAGUCUUGAGGCCGCGGUCGGAGAUAUACAAGGUGCAGUGAAGUCAAUGCACGAGUUCGAUGAAGACAACAUUCUACGGAAAGAAGCAGAGCAAAUGGACGAAGAGAUAAGACCUUCGCAGCCUUCGUGA